AUGAACUUUUGCAACCAGUAUCAAACAGUUUGUUUUAGAGAUGUGAAAUUAGGAGAACUAUCAAAAGAAGUGAUUUCGAUAAUAUUUAUUCAUGGCGGUGCUUGGGUAGAUCCAACUAAUACAGCAAACGAUUUUAAAGAAUUCUCUGGAUACUUGAAUAAUCUUUUUGAUCAAUUGAAAAUGUCUGAGGAUUCUUUAAUAUCCAUGUUUGGUAUUAAUUAUAGACUAUCUCCCCGUGUCAAGCAUCCCGUCCACUUAUUAGAUGUCAUAAAUAGCAUUUUCAAUAUAGUAAAGAAUCAUAAAAUAAAUAAUAUUUAUUUGGUAGGACAUUCUGUUGGAGCCACAUUAAUAUGGCAGAUUUUAUCAUUCGAUUUUACAAGCAAUUUGGCUAAUUCUGAAUUAUCAUCGAAAGUUAAAUAUAUCAUUAAAAAUGUUAGGGGCGUAUUUCUACUAGAUGGAAUUUAUUCGAUAGAUAAUUUACUGAAAGAAUUUCCAGAUUAUUCAUCAUUUGUAAGUAAAGCCUUCACAACUACACAAGAUUUUAUAGAACCUGCACCGGCUAUUGAAAGUUUCAAAAAUAAUACUACAGAACACAUCAAAAUCUACCUUGUUCACUCAUAUCAAGAUGAAUUGCUAUCGCUUAAUCAAAUAAAAUUGUUUAUGCAAGUUCUGAUGGAUAAUGAUAUACCAUUUCAAUUAGAAUUAAGCAAUUUUGGGUUGCAUAAUGAAGUUUACAAAAAUAAAUUAGUGGCUCAAUAUAUAUAUCACAAUAUUAUCCAUGUACAAUGA